AUGCGUCGCCCCACGGGCUGCCCGCUGAGCCAGAUCUGCAUCCCCCCUCCCGCCGUCCUGGCGCGAAGCUUCCCCGUGGGAUCCAGCCUGGAUUCCUGCGGCACCGGCGGAAGCUUCCAGAGCCUCCCUCGCCGCGGGAUCCCCUGCUGCUACCCCGGCACCACCACCUAUGUCAGCCUGGGCGGCCUGGCCGCGGCCCAGACCGCCGGCUGUGCCAAUCCCUGCGGCCUGGUGGCCACCACGCGUGUCCCCCCGUGCUGCCAGGGCCUGUCCGGAGUCACCAGGACCUGCGGGAACCCCUGCUGCUGCUGCCGGGUGACCGAGUACAGCACCAGCAGGCGGGAUUGCUGCCAGGAGCUGGCCAGGAGCUCCACAGGCACCUGUCAGGAUCUGUGUUGUCAGGAGGUCACCACGUGUCAGGAUCCGUGUUGUCAGGAGGUCACCACGUGUGCCACCACAUGUCAAGAUCCCUGCUGCCAGGAGGUCACCAAGUGUGUCACCACAUGUCAAGAUCCGUGUUGUAAGGAGGUCACCAAGUGUGUCACCACAUGCCAAGAUCCGUGUUGUAAGGAGGUCACCACGUGUGCCAGGACAUGUCAGGAUCCCUGCUGCCAGGAGGUCACCAAGUGUGUCACCACGUGCCAAGAUCCUUGUUGCAAGGAGGUCACCAAGUGUGUCACCACAUGUCAGGAUCCGUGUUGUAAGGAGGUCACCACGUGCACCAGGACAUGUGUGGACCCCUGCCACAAGGAGGUCACCAAAUGUGUCACCACGUGCCAAGAUCCUUGUUGCAAGGAGGUCACCAAGUGUGUCACCACGUGUCAGGAUCCGUGUUGUAAGGAGGUCACCAAAUGCACCAGGACAUGUGUUGACCCCUGCUGCCAGGAGGUCACCAAAUGUGUCACCACACGUCAGGAUCCUUGUUGUAAGGAGGUCACCAAGUGCCAAGAUCCGUGUUGUCAGGAGGUCACCAAAUGUGUCACCACGUGCCAAGAUCCGUGUUGUAAGGAAGUGACCACGUGUGUCACCACAUGUCAGGAUCCGUGUUGUAAGGAGGUCACCAAGUGCCAAGAUCCGUGUUGUAAGGAAGUGACCACAUGCACCACCACCUGUGUGGACCCGUGUUGUAAGGAGGUCACCAAGCGUGUCACCACCUGUGUGGAUCCGUGUUGUAAGGAGGUCACCACGUGUGUCACCACGUGCCAGGAUCCGUGUUGUCAGGAAGUGUCCAAGCGUGUCACCACCUGUGUGGACCCCUGCUGCCAGGAGGUCACCAAGUGUGUCACCACAUGUCAAGAUCCGUGUUGUCAGGAGGUCACCAAGUAUGUCACCACGUGCCAGGACCCCUGCUGCCAGGAGGUCACCAAGUAUGUCACCACGUGCGUGGACCCGUGCGGCAAGAAGGCCACCAGGGUCCUGACGCCGUGUUACGACCCCUGCUGCAAGAAGGUGACCAAGUGGAGCAGCCCGUGGGUGAUUCCGUGGUGCAAGAAAGGGGCCAAGUCCAGAUGUGGAGACCCCUGUUCCAAGAAGGGGAGCAAGUGCAGCUCCAGAUGUGUGGACCCGUGUUACAAGAAGGUUCCCAAGUGCCCCACCACGUGCCAGGAUCCGUGCUGCGUGACCAGGUGUGACCCCAGGUGUGUGGACCCCUGCUGUCAGGAGGUCACCAAGUGCAGAACCAGGUGUGUGGACCCGUGCUGUCAGGAGGUCACCAAGUGCGUCACCACGUGCCAGGAUCCCUGCUGUGCCACCAGGUGUGUCACCAGGUGUGUGGAUCCGUGUUGUAAGGAGGUCACCAAGCGUGUCACCACCUGUGUGGAUCCCUGCUGUCAGGAGGUCACCAAGUGCGUCACCACGUGCCAGGAUCCCUGCUGUGCCACCAGGUGUGUCACCAGGCGUGUGGACCCAUGUCACAAGGAGGUCACCAAGUGCACCACGACAUGCCAAGAUCUGUGUUGUGCCACCAGGUGUGUCACCAGCUGUGUUGAUCCCUGCUGCCAGGAGGUCACCAAGUGUGUCACCACGUGUGUGGACCCAUGUUGCAAGGAGGUUACCAAGCGUGUCACCACCUGCGUUGAUCCCUGCUGCCAGGAGGUCACCAAGCGUGUCACCACGUGUGUGGAUCCAUGUUGCAAGGAGGUCACCAAGUGCACCACGACAUGCCAGGAUCCGUGUUGUGCCACCAGAUGUGUCACCAGCUGUGUUGAUCCCUGCUGCCAGGAGGUCACCAAGUGUGUCACCACGUGCCAGGAUCCCUGCUGUGCCACCAGGUGUGUGGAUCCCUGUUGUCAGGAGGUCACCAAGUGCACCACGACAUGCCAAGAUCCGUGUUGUGCCACCAGCUGUGUCAAUCCCUGCUGCCAGGGAGUGACCACGUGCUGCCAGGGGGUGACCAGGGGCGUCACCACCUGCCAAGACCCCUGCUGUGCCACCAGGUGUGUCCCCACCUGCCAAGACCCCUGCUGUGCCACCAGAUGUGUCACCACAUGCCAAGACCCCUGCUGUGCCACCAGGUGUGUCCCCACCUGCCAAGACCCCUGCUGUGCCACCAGAUGUGUCACCACCUGCCAAGACCCCUGCUGUGCCACCAGGUGUGUCACCACGUGCCAAGAUCCCUGCUGCCAGGGCAUGACCACCUGCACCACCCCGUGCCAAGACCCCUGCUGCCAGGGCGUGACCACAUGCUGCCAGGACGUCACCAGAUGUGCCAUCAGCUGCCAAGACCCCUGCUGUGCCACUCCUCAGGGCCGCGGGGGCGUCCAGGUUGUCACCAGGUGCUCCGACUCCUGCUCCACCACCUGCGUCACCCAGACCUGCCCCAUCUGCGGCCAGCGCUGCCCCGUCUCCUGCUGCCCGAAAUUCCGGGCUCCCUGA